CUGUUCGUUGGGAGUGAAAUUCUAGUGUAAUCAGCCAGAUAUUCGCCUCAUAUCGCGGGCCGAAAGUCUGUCGACAAGUCAAGCUUUCCCCGCAACUCUCCAGGCUGGACAUACCGCAUGCAUCCACCAUUAUCUCAUCUACUGAUUACCAGUUAACUUAGUAGGAGUUAAGUUGGUUAACUUAUCCCGUGCCCCCUCACUUUUGGGGCUUUCGGCGAUUUAAGGCUUGCUGGUCGCUCCGCCCUUGCAUUUUAUUGUGCUGUGCCAUUUUAUUUAUUUAUUUUUUUUGUUUUCAAACUUGAUUGUCUCUUUCGCUUUUCCCUGUCUUCCUGCGUGUCUCGUGGUAGUGUCAUGUCGACAGCAAUGGCCGAGGAGAAAAAAGCCCCCCUCGAGAACGAGGAUGAUGACGUCCAACUCGCCCAGAUGGGACACAAGGCGGAGCUCCAUCGGAACUUUUCAACCCUGUCGAUGCUUGGUCUGGCGUUUGCGGUGCUGAAUUCGUGGACGGCGCUAUCGGCGAGUUUAUCGCUCAGUUUACCAUCCGGGGGGAGCGUGAGUGUUGUCUGGGGGCUGGUCACCGCCGGAGUGUGUAACUUGUGCAUUGCGGUCUCGCUGGCAGAGUUUCUGUCGGCGUAUCCGACGGCCGGGGGCCAGUAUCAUUGGGUUGCUGUCUCAUGGCCGAAAUGGGUGCCCAUCCUGUCGUGGGUGACGGGAUGGGUUAAUGUGGCUGGUUGGGUUGCGCUGGUGGCGACCAACGCCUUGCUGUCGUGUCAGUUGAUCGCGGGGAUUGUUUCCUCGGUCUACCCUGACUUUGCGUGGCAACGGUGGCAGUACUUCCUCAUGUACAUCGCCUACACGGUUCUGGCGUUCGUGGUGAACGGGUUCAUGAACUCGGUGCUUCCCAUCAUCUAUCGGGGUGCUUUCACCUGGUCGAUUGGCGGGUUUGUGGUGGUGUCGAUUACCGUGUUGGCGUGCGCCUCGCCGGAUUACAACUCUGCCUCCUUCGUGUUUACCAAUUUCAUCAAUCAGACGGGCUGGCCGGACGGAGUGGCUUGGCUUCUGGGGUUGCUGCAAGGCGGACUGGGGGUGACUGCGUUUGACGCGGUCUGCCACAUGAUCGAAGAAAUCCCGCAACCCUCCAUCAAAGGCCCCAAGAUCAUGGUCGUCUGCGUGGGCAUCGGCACCGUCACGGGGGCCAUCUUCCUGAUUGUGCUGCUGUUCGUGGCGGGCGAUAUGGACGAGGUGGUGAACUCCAGCGCAGGGCCUCUCCUGCAGAUCUUCAUCCACGCGACCAACAACCGCGCCGGGGCGAUCUGCCUUCUCAUGCUCCCACUGGUCUGCCUGUUGUUCGCGACGUUGAGCGUCAUGACCACCAGCAGUCGGAUGAUCUUUGCCUUCGCACGAGACGGCGGCCUGCCCGCAUCCAAGUUCUUCGCGCGCGUGCAUCCGCGCCUCGGCCUCCCGCUAAACGCGCUGAUUCUGACGACCGGGGUGGUGAUUGUCUUCGGCUUCAUCUACCUGGGAUCCACCUCGGCUUUUAACGCGAUUGUCUCGGCCUCGGUCGUCCUUCUCGAUCUAUCGUAUGCGAUGCCGAUCGCGGUGAAUUGCCUGCGGGGACGACGCACCCUGCCGGAUCGGCGAUGGAAGAUCCCUAACGGGGUGGGCUGGGUGAUUGAUAUGAUCUCGCUGUCGUAUAUCGCACUGACGACGGUGCUGUUUGUGUUUCCUCCGGACCUGCCGGUCACGGGCAGCAAUAUGAAUUACUGUGUUGUGGCAUUUGGGAUCAUUCUGAUUAUCUCGUUGGUGCAGUGGGUGGUGGAUGGGCGGAAGAACUUUACUGGGCCGCGGGUGGACUUGUAACCUUGAUCAUGAAGUAGAAUCCGUGAAGCUAUUCACAGACUCACCAGUGUAACAUUCCAGGGGGUCUCCACUCGGGG